CGUUCAUUUGAAUAUGCACUGUCAAGGUUGAAUUUGCCUGGACUACGACUACACAACUAGCAGUGUACUGUUGGCAUGCACACGCCCCAACGAACUGCACUGUACGGCCGCAACGGGGAAAAUAGAUUUCAAACGACUUCGUAUUGAAUUGGUCAUAAUAGCACUUAUAAUACCACUAGGACGCGAAGGUGACGCAGGCAAUUUCGUAGGAUAAAAGAAAAGCAGGAUGAUAUAUAGGUGUACCUUCUCUUGAAAGGAGAUUUCUAUUCCGGAUAGCCACCCAACAAAGGGGGAUUUCAAGUGGGUGUGACUCAAGAUGUAAUAAUUGGAAGAGCGAAAACGGGAACAGAAUAUAAUAUUCAGCGCGUGUAUACUACCAGCUAGAAAUACAGAGCACUGUGAUCAACAGUCACUCAUGUUCCAGUUGCUGCGACAAGUGAAUAUACCGACUUUUUUAGAAGAGAUGUUUCUUGGAGGAAUAUAAGUACUAAAAUAAGAUGCCUCAUUGACUUCCCUUGACGAUUUGCAGUACAUUGUGACUCGAAUAUAGUUUGGAGAAUCAUAAUUAUGUUUUGACCGACUCUAACUAAGCGCUACAUAAUCCAAAAUGGCGACUGACCAACAAGAUGGCGACCCUAGUCCCGAGACGGACAUCCACAGUGUACAGUUCAUGGAAGAGUUUACCACCUGUCCGAUAUGUGAACGUGAAUACGAAGACCCACGGAUGCUGUCUUGUUUACAUACCUACUGCAGGAGCUGCAUCGAGAAGAAGCAAAAGCAAAAUGGUGGGAAUUUCUCUUGUGAAUUGUGUAAGGACGGGACGGUUGUAAAAACAUCAGCGGUCAACUUGGCUAUUAAUACGAUGGUUGCCAAAAUGAAGUCGAUGUUGACGGGAGACCAGGUUGAGUCGAGCACGGAAUCCGAAUCGGAUACAAGUAUUGCAGAAAAGACAUGUACUUCCUGUGAGAAAGGUAAUGUCGCGACGUGCCGCUGUCAAGACUGUCGGGAGUUUAUGUGUAAGGCUUGCAAGAGGGCGCAUAAUAAUGUCAAGAUCUUACGUGAUCACACGGUAGUGACUAUGGAGGAAUGGCAGAAGAUGAAGGAGAAAGAUCCUCAUCUUGAUGAUACAAACACAGUCAACAAACUAUGCCUAGAACACAAAGAGCCCAUAUCUUUAUUCUGCGAGAAAUGUUCACAGUUGGCAUGCAAUGAUUGCGUAGUUCUGUACCACAAAGGGGAGAAGCACCGCUGUGUUGCUAUCGAGGAAGCUGCUGCUUCGAGGAAGCAAGAACUGGAGGCUUCAAUCCGCAAGACGCAGCAGACUGCAGCUAAGUUCCGUGGAGCGUGGGAAAUUCUUGAGAAGACACGAAAUGAGUUGAAGGGCAGCGCAGAACAGCUUCGUACUGAGAUCAGAGAGGCCAUCAAGAACGAGAAAGAUGACUUGGAGGUUCGUGAGGAACGGUACCUUGGAAAUGUAGAUUCAGUUGUCAAAAAGAACGAUGAUAAAAUCGAAGAACACAUCGAUAAAAUUGAAAUGGGAUUAGAAAAGUUGGCAACAGCUUUUGAGCUUGGGGAGAGUGUUCUUGACUUUGGAGACGAGUAUCAUUUAUUGUCAUUAGAUCAUGCAGUGCGGACAAGGCUUGCUAACUUACAGAAGCUUCAACCAAGGCUUCCUUCAGAGGACCUGAGCAUCAUCGAUAUAGCCGAAAUCACAGGAGAAGAUGCAGCCGAUGAAAGUGAUGAAAUGGACGGACUUAAGAGUGAAUCGACUGAAUCAGAGCAGGAAAUCAGUGAGGACACGACACCAGUAUGGGAGCUUGCAUCUACAAUUGGGGCUCCCGGUUCUAAAGAGGGACAGUUCGAUUGGUGUAGAGGCGUCUCGGUAUCUUUAGAUGGGCACACUGUUGUCGCCGACUGGGGAAAUGACCGCGUCCAGGUGCUAGACAAAGAUGGGAAAUUUGUUUGCUUGUUAAACUCUGACAAGAAACAUGAUGGGAAGAUUUCGAUGCCUCAAGAUGUGGCAUGUCUUCCUGAUGGUCGAUUCGUUGCUGUCGAUAAAUCAAAGUUUGUCCGCAUAUAUGACCCUCAGGGACGCUUCUAUCUUCGUUUUGAGACAUCAAGCAAAGACGAAGAAGUCAAAAUGUUGGACGUCGAACUAGCAUGCGUCACCGUAGACCGUCGGAACAGAAUCCUUGUCGGUGACUGUAAGCGUAACGUUAUUACGUUCCAUUACGCCGACGGCACCCUUUUGAAGACACUCCCUGUUGUUGGUCCCAGUCACAUUGCAACCGAUCAACGAGAUCGCAUCGUUGUCAGCUGCCCCAGAAAGCAAAAGAUCAGAAUCAUGACAAAGGAAGGUAAACUCCUUUUGGCUAUCGAUUCAUACGGUGAAACUGGAAAGUUGAAGCCAAGCGGGGUUUGCUGUGAUGCCGAGAACAACAUAUUUGUUGUCCACAAAGAACGUGGAGGUGAGAAAGGUGUUCACAUGUACACCGAUCGGGGUCAGUAUGUAGCGUGUGUGGCUACAGCUUUCAGGGAGCCAUUCGACGUGUGCCUCUCACCGGAAGGACAUGUUGUUGUUUCUGAUGAGGAUACCAUCAAAGUGUUCCGCAAGAAACCCAAAGGGUCAUCUUCGGAUUGACUGGCCGAUAAGACUCUGUAAAGACUAUAAAGUUUAUCGAAUACAUGUAUUUUUAUCAAGAAAACAUGUCGAGGUGAUUCAUGCUUGCAUUGUCGAUCGCAGUGGUUGACCAAAUUUUCAACCCAGUGUACACUUGCUUCACCAAAACUUUUCUGCAUUUUUGAAAAUAUUGAUGUCUAAUGAUCAAUGUGUUAAAGUAAAGAUUAAUUAUUUUCUUUUAUUUUCACGAGCGUCCACCCACCAAAAAUCAACAAAAUUUGCCUUGAGAUUUUUUUUUUCAUUUGCUUAUAUAGGCCUAUAAGAGAAUGCUGCGAAUUUGGGGAGAAUUGGUCACAAUGAACAACCACUUAACGAAUUUGCAACUCCAAUUUUGUAUAGAUAAUAAUUUUGUAAAAUAUUCCACCAUUUUUCCGAUCUAUUUCAAACUUUUACCAUUUCCCCCUAGUUCUUAUCGUUUUCCCUCAAAUCAUCAAUGAAGACUUAAAGUAUCACAAUAGUGUGAUAAUGCACAUGUAAUAUUUGAUUGUAGAAGACUCUACAGACCUAAUCCAAAGCAUCGGAGGAUCUGAUAUCAUCAUCUUCUGCCGUCGAUUCGGGAACUAAUCUUUUCAAUUUUAUACAUUCUAACUAAUAUGUUUGAUUAUUUCAUUUAAUUUGUUUAUUCGGUCAUAUUCACCACAAGGGGUACAGGGGGGUUUUCACCUACGAUAAGGGCUAACUCUGCUUUGGAGGCAUUGAAUCAGACUACACAUCUUGGACUUCUAUUUUUUUCAGAGUCUUGCUUCAAUUUUUAAAUAAAAAAAGAUGAGAACUUGAGAAAAUCGUGCAAGGCGUGACUCCAACCUGCGCCAAUGAUUUUGACAGUCAGUGCAGUUAUCACAUAUAGCGCAUCGUUUUACCAUAGCUCCAUGGUUUUACCGACCGCACCACUACUGAUUGAUGCGUUGGAAACUACGCUAAUUCUAUUUCCAUAACCACGAGGGUGUGUUCGAAACCCAUUUUUUUUUGGGGGGGGUACACGUACGGGUUGAAACGUAUAAAUUCAAAGGCUUGUAUUCUGAAGUUUAACUUAGACCAUGGUUUAACUAUAUGCUAGAAUAUAGGAAGCCUCAAAUUUCAAAGGUUUGUAGACAUUGUCUGUUUCUUGUGUUAACUUUAAUGGUGAAGAAAUGCUUUAAUAGUGGAGGAACUUAUUUCAGUUAUUUUCCUGACAGUUAUAAAAAAUUGGGUUUUAAGUUAAAUUUGAUUAGUGAACUUUGCGUCACAUCUCGCUAUCCAUAUAGUUAAACCAAAUCUUUAGACCAGAGUUUAAAUUAAACCCGAGAUCAGAAUAUAGGGCAGAGUGAACACAUUGUUUGUAUGUCUCUUUGCUGUUCUUUUGUGCAUUCAAAUAAUUGUACAAUAAAUGAAUAGAAUAAUUUUGUUUGUACAUUAUAAUCUUCUUUUAGUGUUGCUGCUUCUAAAGAAUGGAACAACAUACCCACUUUCAUUAAAUCAUCAAACUCUUCAGAUCAAUUCAAGAAACUUCUAAAAACAUACCUCUUUUCCGAUGAAUUUCUUUUGAAUGUAUUUUUAUUGUAAUUAUUAUGUACUCUUGUUUUAAACUCGUUUGUAAACGCUGUGAUAUAGUUAACUAUGGAGAGCGUACUAAAUGCUAGUUAUUAUUAUUAUUAUAUCACAACAAUAUACAUGUAGCCGUAGUACAAAGUAGUGGUGUAAAGUAUACUUUUUCUUUAAAGGUGUAUUGAUUAACGCAGGAAAAAUAGAUGGCGGCCUAUAACAGAAUCGCGACAUUUUUUGUGGGAAUUCUAAUAGAAUAUAUCGGAUAGAGAUUGCUAUCAUUUAUCAAACUCAAAUCUUCCCCAAUAAUUUCCUAAGGUGUGUUCAUUUUUUUCUUGAAAUAACAAUCUAUCCAAUAUCAGAGAGAAUUGAGUUGCAUUGUUAGUUCUUAAAGGUACAAAGUUCAUUGAUGUAGUUGUGAAUCACAAUCGCUAGUUAUUAUUCAAUCACUCAUUGACAAUUAUUAUGAUUAAUCA